AUGGAACCUAGGAACAAUCAGAAAAGGGUAGUCGAAAUUUGUAAAAAUGGAAAGCUGCAGAUAUCUCAGCAUUUCGACGAACAAAAUAUAAAAUGCGAAAACCAACAUCAGGAACAAGAAAAUCAGCAAACAAAACAACAACAAGACCAACAACACCAGCAACAACACAUCUGCCAAGAAUGUGAACGAUCAUUUAACAGCGAAAGUGCACUGAAGCAGCACUCGAACAUUCACACUUCACUGAAGCCAUUCAUCUGUCCAACAUGCUCCAGAGCCUACACGCAACAAACCAGUCUCAGCAGACACAUCCGGUUCAAUCCAAAAUGCUCUAAAAACUACAACAAAAAGAGAAACCUCCAUCUAAUGAACAAUUACGUCACUAAAACUAAUUCGACGCCAAAGUAUGAUGAAGGAACAAAAUAUGAUGCUCAUAAUAAAAGCAGUGCUAAAUUUCAAGAUGAUAGCAAGAUGAAAUCUAACAAAGAGGUGAACAACUUUGAUUCACAAAAAUCAACUAACAAUGGGGAUGAUUCAAACUCAGAAUGUUUAGCAAUUGAUUCUACUGGAUCAAUAUCUCCAAUUGAAAAUAAUUCUAAUACAUUUAGUGGAAUUUUAAAUGCAGAGCAAAAUGAUGCAACAGCGUAUAGCGACAUGCCCUUCCAAUCGUCAUCACCAUCAUCAAACUCACCGACAUUUGCUAAGAAGUUUUACUCAAAUUCACUUGUUAAGUGUGACGCAGAUGAUAACAACAAUCUCAAAAGCUGCAUCAACAACAUCAAUAGCAACGGCAUCAACAACAUCAACAACAACAGCAGCAAUGGCAUCAGCUGCAGCAUCAGCAACAGCAGCUAUAACAACUCUAACGUCAAAAAGAAUAUUGAUAAUAUGAAGAACAACAACAAUAUCCUCAUCAACAACGACAACUACAACAUCAACAACAACAAACGGAAGCAAAAUUUCUCAGAUAUUGAAAGUUUAGAGAAUGUGAAAAGAAGAAAAUUUUUUGUGGAUGAUAUAUUACAGAGCUGA